AUUCAUUCUUAUGUCAUUGGAAGUAAAGUUUGUUUUCAAAGUUAAACAUGUAUUGUAAAUCAAUAACUUUUAAUUUAAUUGUAUAGUCCUAAAUAAUGAUAAAUAAAUCAUAACUGUACAGUAUUUAAAUAAUGUAUUAAAUGUACGUUUGUAUGUGAAUUGAGUCGUACCAAUGUGAAAUAAUCAAAAUGCGUAAAAAGUUUGUUUACAUUGCCUUUUUGCUUGGUAUAGCACUCACCAGCUGGAUAUAUUGGCAAUCAAAUGCAGAAUUUAAUGAUACUGUCGCUGUUAUUAAAAGAAAAAUAUACAAAUUAAACGAUGUUACACUUAAACCAGCGAUAACGUUUUGUGAAAGUCAUCCGUUUUUACUUAUAAUAGUGACUUCAUAUGUCGGUCAUGUUGAGUUACGGAGUGCUCAUAGAAGAGCUAUGCCUGCAGAGAAGUUAAAGGAAUUGAAUGCAGCUAGAAUAUUCUUGUUGGCCCAAAUACCGGAUAAAGAAAAAUACAUAACACAAGCAGCAAUUAAUGAUGAAAGCAACACUUUUGGUGACAUUUUGCAAGGAGCAUUCACAGAAAACUAUAGAAACCUGACUUAUAAACACUUGAUGGGCUUGAAAUGGGCGUCGACAGUGUGCCAGGACUCAACAUACAUACUCAAAGUAGAUGAUGACACAGUAUUCAGUUUAGAGAGAACCUAUAAAUUUUUGAAAGCAGAGAAAUAUACUGAAAACCUAUUACUAGGCUAUAUGCUGAACAAUACCAAGCCAAGAAGAAAUAAGGAGAACAAAUGGUAUGUCACUUGGGAUGAAUACUCAAGAUCAGAGUACCCUUCGUACCUCUCAGGAUGGUAUUACAUCACUACUCCUAAAGUUGCUGGAGACUUGUGUGAUGAAGCAAUCUACCAUCCAUACUUCUGGAUUGAUGACAUUUUUAUAACUGGCAUCCUCAGAGACUCGCUUGGUAUCAAAUUAAAACAACUGCCAGACACAUACUGGCUGGAAUAUUAUGAGCUACUUGAAUGCUGUAUAAAUGAUAUGAUAAAGAAAUCAAUUGAAUGUGAAUAUGUUGUGGGACCAAAUGGGAAUAGAAAUAAUUUAAUUGUAGAGUAUAAUGAUGCGGUAAAACUUUGUGAUAGUAAGAAAAACUGUACUAAGAGGACUGUAGAUCAAGAUUUACAUAAAACAUGUGUUGCUCACCAAGAACGGACUAUAUUUGGUGAUGGCGGGCAGGUAGAGGUGAAAUCUAUAAAAUUGUAAAUAUAGAACACAUUGAAUAUAUGAACUUAUGAAUCCAAUUUAAAUGACCAUGUGAUAUGUUACCUACAUAAUUAAAUUAAAACAAAUGAUGAAUUGAACAAACUUAACCCUAUUUUUCUAUCUAUCGUGAGAUAUACUAAAUUAACUCAAAACUAACAUAAAUCUUCUGAGAUAUUUAUGUAAGUAUAACAUUUGUUACUAGUUAAAACAAACCCUUAUUUAAUGUAACCAACAACUGGGGAAAAGUUGGUGUUAUAUUGUUUGUGACCUUUGAAAGCUAUGAUGUUAAAGCCUGGUUUCCACUGCAAUAUAGGAAUGAGCGGGAAAUGCUUAAGCAGAAUGCAUUAUUUUUAUAGUAUACAAGUUUAUAUUUCUACCAAUACAGAGUCAGUCACUUCAUUCCUGUGAGCUCAUUUCUACUCUUUCUACACACUUAGCUUGUUCCAUCUGACUAUUUGUUGGUGGAAAUACAAGUAUGCAGUUUGCACUUGUGUGUUUAACAAAGUCAUUAAUGGGUCCGUUCCGCUUGCGGUGGAAACUAGGCUUUAGUUUUUUAAAGAUUACAUACAGAAACAUGACUAUGUGAUAUUUUAUUAGAAUAAUAUUUUUUGUCACAAUAAAACUAAGUUAAUAAUGAUGUAUAAAAAACAUUAUAUUGUCAAAUUAACAGAUUCAUAUUAACACAUAUACAUAGAUACAAGAGUUACAUAUUAUUGAAAACAGUUAAUUAAUUAUAUGGCACAAAGUACAGUGUAUCAGUCUACAAACAAAAUUGAUCAUUAAGCAACUGUGUAAUAUAAAACUAAUAUAUUUUACUAAUUUAUUCUUAUUAAACUUAAAUUGUAAGAAAAGAGAACAAUUCUUAUAACAUGAAAUAUGUCAGUCAUUGUUAUAAAAAUGCGAGAUGCAUUAACAAAAAUAUAUGAUAACAAUAAAAUAUUAAUUGAGCUAA